AUGCCGCAGUUAUCGAGUCUAUGGUACAUAGCUUCCGUUAGACGCUACGAUUAUUUCAAUUUUUGUAUAAAUAAGUUACAUUGCGCUUUACACUAUAAUAGAUGUUUGACCAAUAUAGUAUUUACUAGAUUUUACAAAUCUACCGUCUCUGACUUUGGACUGCUAGAGCCAAUAUCCACCAACGAUCCCACUGUUGGCGGAAUUCUAGUACCUGGUAUUACCAAGGAUCCUUUUUUUAAGGAUAUUACACUUCCUGUCAAGUGUAUAGGCUGUGGCUCCAAGUUUCAGUCAGUCGACCCAGCCAAACCAGGGUAUGUGCAUGAUGGCAUAUUACACAGUUCACAUGCAAGGGGGAAGGUUGUAUGGCCAGAAAUUAGGGGUAAAGUUGUGGAAUCAGUCCCAGACGGGGUUAGGGUUGAUAGAGUGGAUGAUCUUAAGUUUAUAGCGAAAAGGAGGAGAGUUAUAUGUAAAUACUGUUAUAAACUACAGUAUUAUAAACGUAUAGAUGGUGAAAUCACUCCCAUUUAUCGCCCACAAAUUCCUGAAAAUAGGGAAGCGGAAUCACGAGUUGUGGCACAUAAUAUGACACCAAGUAAAAAAGUGGUAAAACUUCCAGUCGAAUGCCAAGUGGCAAUUGCUAAUGAAGGAUUUAAGAUAUCCCACAGCCCUGAAAUUAUAUCGCAAUUGGUGUACCAGAUAAGGCCAAAUAGUAUAAUUAUUUACGUGCUAGACCUUACAAACAUCGAAGUGACAAUGCUACCCGAGCUAUAUAUCGCCCUUAGUAAUAAGAAAUUGGAAGUUAUAUUUGUACUUAACAAGUCUGAUGUAUUGCCACACGGGACCAGUUUGCCCAGGGUGAAAAUGUGGAGCAGGCGCCUUGUAAAACACCUGGGUAAUGUACACAAUGAGAAUGUGAUUGUCUGUUCUUCUACAAGUGGCUAUGGAUUUGAUAAACUGGAACAACGCUUGGAACAUUACCUUUGUAACAACAAGUACAUUUACGUUGUAGGAUCUGUUAAUGUCGGCAAAUCUACUCUUGUUAACAGAUUCCUUACAUAUGUGGGUUACAAAGAAAUUGGCACAAUAUUCAGCAAAAGGGCCGUAGGUGGGAUUACUAGAUCUUCCGUCCCCGGAACUACUUUGGGUCAUGUAACUUUUGGUUUAGGUAAGGGGAUCAAAUUAGUCGAUACGCCUGGAAUUCCAAUAGGUGGCCAAAUGUCUACAAUUCUACCCAAAUCGAUAGAUCUGUGCGCUAUUGCAAUAACCAAACCGAUACAACCUGUCAAAGUUAUAUUGAAUGAGUAUCAAUCGUUAAUUAUUGGUGCUUUAGCGCGGGUGGAUAAUGUCAAGGGGUGUGAUCUAAAUAUUACAUGCUACACUUCUCAAAAGUUGACUUACAAGACUUGCAAACUCAACAAAGCUGGAGAUUUGAUGAAGGAACAUGGAUCUGUAUCACUGCAUCCUCCCUUUUUUAAAGAAGAUCUUGAGUCCCUGGGCGAUUGGUCUAUUUAUGAACUUGAGCUGAAUGGAGAAUCUUGUGAUAUAGUAAUACCCGGCCUUGGUUGGCUUACCUUCUAUGGUAAUGGGCCAAAGACAACGAACAUUCAUAUACCAUCAAGUGUCAAACUGUUCAAACGCCCCGUAAUGUUAUCGCCAAGAAGGCAGAAGGACAGGAAGAUUUAUUUGUCUUCGAGGGGUCGUAGCUACAAAAUGUACAAGCUGAAGCAAUCCAUUAUUAAGCAAAAAAGGGACGAUAUGCUUCGCAUCAGGGCUAUGAAAUCCAGAAAUGCGAUAGACAAUGUAGACAAUGGAGUUGAUGUAUCAAAUUAG